CCCGCUACCCACCCGAUCGCCAUCUUUCUGCUGCCAGAGACUGCACGUACUGCCGCGUCAUCUCGCUUCCUAGUUCGAUUCAGUGAUUGAUCUCACUAAAUUUUAAGAUCCGAUCUUUCUUCAGUUGCAGUAGAUUUAGAUUGAAGUCUGUCGACGACGACAUGCUGCCUCUGCAAACCUGAUCAGACUAAAACAAGGUAUUGUUGCCAAGUCAUCACCAUUUUCCAGAGAACUAAACUUCUGUUGAAUGCGAAGGAUAUCUUACACCAUGGAUGGAUUCUGCCUUCUCUAUCUGCUCCUGCUCCUCUUGAUGAGAUCUGGUGACGUUGAAACCAAUCCAGGUCCUGACACUGCUGAAAGUACUGUCAGUGAUAUGGAGUUCCUGAAGCUGGCCCAUGCUAUCCCUCCAUCUUACUACGAUGCUGUAGGGAUAUCUCUAGGGAUCCCCUUAGCUCAGCUACAGGCAAUCCUGAUUCAGAUGUCGAAUAAUUAUUCUAAUGCAUUUUUGCGGGUAUUCAUGAAAUGGAAAGUCAAGCAGCAACCUCCACACUCAAACAGACGACAGAUUUUGGCAGACGCACUUCGAGAGAUUGACUUGGGUGGCCUAUCGGACAGAUUACUCAAUGAACCUCUAAUUCCAAACAGCACAGGAGUGCCAUCAAGACUGCUCGAAUCACAGACCAAACCUCCUUCAGCUGAAUCUCAGACCAAACUACUUUCUCCUGAACUGGUUGAGCGGUGUGCAAAUGAUUUCAAGUUCAAGUAUAGGUCAACUCUCUGUAAGAUCAGAACUGAUCCUCUCAAUCCUGCUUCCACUGUGCAGUUUGACGACAUGUAUACUAAUCUUGUCUUACUAGAAGAACAUGGGACAAACAAGCGAGGGCUAGAUUACAAUGAUAUGCUUGAUCUCAAAGUCAAUGGAGAGUUCCCCAAGCGAAUCAUGGUUCAGGGAGAGGCAGGGGCUGGAAAAACCACAUUCUGUGCUAAGAUUGCCUGGGACUGGAUUGAAGCAAGGCAUUUCAGUCACUUUGUGUGGGUCUUGAUAGUUCCUCUACGUGAAUUUAAGCAACACACUAUUGGCGAGAUUGCAAAGUCUUAUCUGGCCAAAAACAAUCCAGCAACAGUUUCUCAGAUUACUGAGUAUAUCCGGUCAAAUCCUGACAAGGUAUUCAUCGCAUUCGAUGGGCUAGAUGAAGUCAAAGGCAAAAUCAUGAAGACAAAAUCUUGCGACACACAGCCUACUGAUCAAAUGCAAUUUCAGCCAUCACAGCCAAGUGUCACCUCCUCAGUGGCAUGUGGAAGCUCAUCUGGUGAUAUUGGACUUGUAGAUAUUCUUUGUUCAGAUCAACUUGCCUCUUGCCCAGUCUUGGUGACCACUCGCCCAUGGAGAGCAGUAGAGAUUAGAUCAGAUGGUGAUCUAAUGAAGCUCUACACAUUCAUUCGUGUUGAGGGUUUCAACAGAGAGAAUUUGUCAGAUUACAUUCACAAAUACUUUCCAAAGAAUGAUGAUAAAGCAAAUCAGCUUAUCCAAUUCACCAGUGAGAAUGAUGUCAUAUCUGAAAACAUGGCCCACUAUCCUAUAUAUGUAGCCAUGUUGUGCCUUAUGUGGAAAGAACUUGAUGAGCAAAAACUAAAGGAAAUGAAAUCACUGAAAUCUUUUUCACAGAUAUUCAAAGAAAUGAUUGCCUUUCUAAAAGAACAUUAUGCUCAGAAAAUGGUGAAGAAAGUAGGCAGCCUCUCACUGGUUUCUUAUUUGAACAAAAUUGAUGAUCUGCUUGGACCGAUUGCCAAGCAGGCCCUCAAUGGUCUGCUAGAAAAUACCUUGAUUUUCGGUGAAGAAGAUUUCAAAAUAUGCCCAGAAUCCAAGGACACUGCCUGUCGGGUUGGGAUUUUGUCUCAGGAGGACAGAAUUACCAGUAGCAUGGACAUACAUAAGAGGACUUCUCAUAUGCAAUUGCCAGUCUUUUUCCCUCACAAACUGUUUCAGGAGUACAUGGCUGGAGUCCACCUUGCUUCCCUGUAUGAAUCUGAUUGUAAUGAAUUCAACAGGCUGAUUGAGCAAGUAGUGCUGCCAAGGAAGGAGGAGUUUAGGUAUCUCCUGUACUUCACUGUGUCACAAAACAAAAGUAUUGCAACCCACAUUCUGAACUCUAUGCUUAGCUCUCGACAGUACACAGAUGUACGUGGAGAGUUAUCUUUCAUUGUUGAUGUAGCCUUUGAGAGUCAGGACCCAGAUGUAGCAGCCUUGGUGAGGGACAGGGUUUCAUCAAAUUCAAUUACACUGACCGUAUCCACUAAUAUGACAGCACACACUGUAGCUGGUUAUGCUUUCAUUGGACCACAUGUGGUUACACUCAAGAUUGACAGAAAAUGUGGACCUACUAUGUCACUUGAUGUGGCAGAGAUAAUAUGCUCCAUGCCAUCCUUGAAGGAAGUUUCUCUACAAAGUGCAUUCCAUCAUUGUUUUUUUGAAACAUUUGCAAGGAAAGGAAAAGAAUCAAAGGAACAUCACCUCUUCAUCAGCUUACUUGUCCUUAUGUCUUCUAUGCACGUGCUUGUGAAGACAUACGUCAUUGAAGAAAGUGCUACACGAUUUCCAGAUCAGCAGGAACAUCUUUUGAUAUUGCCUAACUUCAGCUCUCGUGAUUUUAGUCGUGCAGGUGUACGCAGCCUCUGCCUUUUUCUCAGAUUCCAGCAGAAGCGCAGUAACUCUCCAUGUGUCCUCAACAUUCGUUCCACCAGUCACCUGGCCAUCUUACUACUUCUCAGUGGGCAAGUUGAGCCCAACCCAGGUCCGGACACUCCUCCUACAUGCGUUAUCUGCAAGUCGGAUGUCUCUGUCAAUGACAAAGCAAUAUUGUGUGACAAUUGUGAUGCCUGGUGUCACAUCUCAUGUGUAGGCAUCUCGGCUUCUUCGUACAGUGUUCUCACCCGUCUUAGCAGUUUUUCGUGGAUAUGCUGUAAGUGUAACAGCAUCAAUGCAGAAUUAUCAUCUUCCAUUCUGGAUGCUGACUUCACCAGUCCUAACCGCUACUCAGCUCUCCAUGACGAUGCAAGCGAGGUUGAUGUUGCCAGUGGUCCUCAAGCCUCCACUCCCACUGACAAGGCACCACCCCUACAGUUCUCUUCACCAAGGAAAAAUAGAAGGAAGGCAUUGAAAGCAGUCAUAAUUAACUGCAAUGGCCUCAAGAGUUUUACGAAACAGUCCCAAUUUCAGGCCCUGAUCGAUCACCACAGACCUGAUAUCAUACUUGAGCUGAAGUCAGUUGAUGAAAACUGGACCUGUAUCACAUCACUCAUCAACAAGUGCAAGGAUGAAUUCAUCCCAUCCAAGAUGUCAAGAGCCAGACGCAACUUGCCAUGGAUCACCAUUUCCCUCAAAAGGCAAAUGAGGAAGCGGGAUCGUUUGUUCAAGAGGGCACGAAGUCAGCCUAGUGCAUCCAAUUGGAAGGCCUACAGGCAGCUUCGAAACGAACUGACCAAACGUGUUCACCAAGCUCAUCACAAUUACGUCUGCAACAUAAUAGCGUUUGAUCGCGUACCACAUCCACACCUUAGAUCCAAACUACAUUACUACGGAAUCAGGGGAGACUCUCUCCGCUGGACUAUGUCACUCCUAGCGAAUAGACAUCAAGCUGUCGUCGUCAAUGGUGCUCGCUCAGCAUGGAUGCCUGUUACUUCAGGAGUACCGCAGGGUUCUGUCAUUGGCCCCAUACUUUUCCUGCUGUACAUCAAUGACAUCAAACUCAACAUCAAGUCCACAAUGCGUCUAUUUGCAGAUGACAGUGUCAUCUACCGGCGUAUCGACUCUCCCUCAGACAAUAUACUGCAAGAAGAUCUCCAUGUUCUUGCAGACUGGUCUACUAAAUGGCUGAUGGGAUUCAACAUCCAGAGUUUUUCGGAACUAGAGAUAGAUGCCAUGUGUUGCGUCUGGCCAGAUGAAAGGGGCUACCUGUAG